AGGACCAGCAGAUUUUUUAAACCAUCUUUAGUUAAAAACUGUCGUACAUUUGCUACAUACAAUACAGUUAAUUCUACAACAUCAUUCCCAACUUCACAUUUUGAAAAAUAUAGAGCAGAAAAGAAUGAAGUUGAUCCAGAGAACCGUGGAUUUGCUUAUUUAGUUGUAGGUGGUGCUGGUGCUGGUUUAGCAGCUAUUGCCAAGAACACUGUUGUCACAGCAUUAAGUACAAUGUCACCAGGUCAAGAUAUUCUUGCCUUAUCAUCAGUUGAAGUUGAUCUUAGUGGUAUCCCAGAAUCAACCGCUGUUGUUGUAAAGUGGAGAGGUAAACCAUUAUUCAUUCGUCACAGAUCCGCUGAAGAAAUCUCUGAAUCACAAGCUGUCCAAUUAUCAACACUCCCAGAUCCACAAGCUGAUAACGCUCGUUCAAAAGUACCAGAAUGGAUUAUUUUAGUUGGUGUUUGCACUCAUUUAGGUUGUAUCCCAAUUUCAGGUGGUGGUGAUUACAAUGGUUGGUAUUGUCCAUGUCAUGGUUCUCACUAUGAUAACGCUGGUCGUAUUAGAAAGGGUCCUGCCCCAAUGAACUUAAUCGUUCCACCAUAUAAAUUCAUUACUUCCGAUAAAAUCAUUGUUGGUGAUGAAUAA